CAAUAUGUGUGGAGCUCAACUAACAGUGAGAUCUCUCGUGCAAAUAAGUUUCGAGAUGAUUUCGGGAAAACCUCAUCGCGACAGACACGGCACGUGAGUCUGCUGCCUAGAAGUCAUGACUCCGACGAUCCAUCUCGUCCGCCACGGACAGGGCUAUCACAACAUCAGCAUCCACAGCCAACAUCUGCGAGACCCGGAGCUCACUCCUCUGGGCGAGCAGCAGUGCUUCGAGCUGCGCGACAGCUUCCCCGAUCACGACAAGAUCACCCAUCUGGUUGCCUCGCCGCUGCGACGGACCCUGUCAACGUGUCUCGUCGCCUUUGCGCCUGCCGUGGCACGGACUGGCAAGAUUAUCGCGCUGCCCGAUUCCCAGGAAUUGUCACUAUACGACUGCGACCGGGGCACCGAUGUCGAGACCUUGCGCGCCGAAUUUGGCGAGCGGGUCGACCUGGCACUUGUGCCGCCCGGCUGGAACUCGAAGGGCUGCGAGGAACGGCAACCCACGGUCGCGAAUCUCAUCGUGAGGGCGAGGAGGGUGAGACUCUGGCUGCGGGACCUCGCACUCACUACUACCCUGGCAGCGACCGGCAGCAACGACACUGCUGAGAGGGAAGGAAGGGACGUGCAGAUUGUCCUGGUCACGCACGGCGGCUUUCUGCACUUCCUGAUUGAGGACUGGGACGGCAUUCCUCAGCGUAAAGGCACUGGCUGGGCGAACGCGGAGAUCAGAUCCUAUACGUUUGCAGACGCCACUGGGCAAGAUUCAGAGGCUUCGCUGAAGGAGACCGACUCCAGCUGGACGCGGCGUCGAGGUCAGGACGUGCCUCUGACCGUAGCCGAGCAGCUAGAUCUCCGUGAGGCAUACAGCAGGGCCCUCGACGCUGAGACGGCAAUGGUGGAGAAGGAGCUCGCGGAGAUGGAGACUAGCACAGUCGCCUGAGUUUUGGCUUGGUACAUUCCAGAAUGACAGUGGACAUUGGCAGGACUGGUAGACAUCAUGUUUUAGAUGGGCCGCUGCCAUUGCGGAGUCAAAGGAAGCACGAUUGAUGCUCACGUAGCACCAAAACCCCUCUGAUGAGGGAGCGGUACUCGAACUGGCUUGAACCACCAGCUGGCCUGAGAUACAGCCGAUGACGUCUGCAGCGACCCGAACACAAUUUAAGCAAGAUAAUGUGCAUUCGUGCAGCAGGUCCCCCUCGCAGCCGAUGAUGGGGU